UUACAUUGCUUAUCAGUGUACUUAUUCGCAGAGUUUUAGUCCCUAGUUUAUCAGUUGUCCUAUUUUUUAUCCUUUCUGCUGUAGUUUGAAUGCAUUAUAAUAUUUCGGUCUCACAGUGAAUGAGCGAACUCAAUGAAAAAAUUCCGUGUGUAUCAGAGAAUGGAGGAGGUGAUGAAUCCCAAUCUAAAGACAGUAUGAUACCAAAGAGAAAGAAAAAACUUUGCAGUCGCACGCAAACCUGUUUUCUUUAUAUUAUUCUUGCAUUUGUUUGCUCCAGUUUUUAUUAUUACCAAAUAUUCAAGCCGUCUCCGCAAACAAACUUUUUUGACUCCUUAGCUUUUAAAGUAGGUCUUCAUGUGGAUCAGUAUGCUGUGAUAAUCGAUGCUGGAAGCACUGGUUCAAGAUUAUUAGCCCUAGAAUUUCGUAAAUCCCUCUAUGAUGGGAAUAUAAAAAUAGAGAGGGAGCUGUUUUUGCAAGGAGCACCCAGUCUAUCAAGCUUCCAAGAUAGCCCAAAAGGAGCUGCAGAUUCCAUAACCAAGCUAGUCAAUCAAGCCCUGGAUUUUGUUCCGGAAAGAAAAUGGACAGAAACGCCAAUUGCAUUGCGGGCCACAGCAGGUUUGCGACUCUUACCACUGGAAAAAUCUUCAGCUCUCCUGCAAGAGGUGGCCGUCGCCCUGAAGGAUUGCCCAUUCUUGUCAACAAGCAACUCCGUAGCAAUAAUGGAUGGCCGAGAUGAAGGUCUAUUUUCUUGGUUCACUGUCAAUUUUUUGAUGGGUAAGCUUGGUGGAUCCGUUGAAGACACGGUUGGCGCAUUAGAUUUGGGUGGAGGCUCCACUCAGAUCACUUUUGCCCCCCUUGAUGACUCCAGAAUCAAGAGAGACUCACCACAAUAUCUUCACAGUGUUAAAUUAAUGCAGCAGGAAGUAAACAUAUACACUCACAGUUAUCUAGGCCUUGGACUAAUGGCAGCGAGGCAAGAGAUUCUGACUUAUGACAGCAGUCCAGAAUCAACCAGUAUUUUUAGCAAAUGUGUGAAUCCAGUCAUCAAAGAUAAGAAAUGGAAGUAUGGCAAUGUCGAAUAUUUAGUCAGUGGCUAUUAUAAUGCAAAAGCUUCAGUAAACUACUCAGAGUGUCAUGCAAUUGUGCAAAAAGUUGUGUCCAAGUACAAAGUUGACAAACCAUUAGAACUGCUGCAGCAUGAUAUUGUUGCAUUUUCGUAUUAUUUUGAUCGAGCCACUGAAGUAGGUCUUGUAGAUCCAUACCAAGGUGGCACAAUAAAGUUAACUGACUACUUCAAGAGCGCCCUUGAAGCUUGCAAAUUUCCAAAUGCAGAACAGCCCUUCAUGUGCCUUGAUCUAACAUACAUUUCUGUUCUUCUGCAUGAUGGUUUUGGACUAGACACAUCAAGAUCAAUACGACUGAUUAAGAAAAUUGACGACCAUGAAAUCAGUUGGGCUUUGGGAGCUGCGUUCCACAUACUGAGAACAGGCUUGUGAGCAUUGACAUGGAUCUUCCGUAACAGUAUUAGCGAUAAAAAUUUAUUUUUUUACUGUAAGGUUAAAAUGGUGCUGUUGUGUGUUUCUUUUUUCCAAGUUGUAAGAGAAUGCUGUUGUUACACCUUCAGAGUUAGGUAAUCCAGCUCUUUUUUUUGUAGCUUACGUUGAACAAUGUUUGCAGCUGUCCAACUUUCUUGUAUUUUGCUUGUAGGUCUGUUAAAAUUCAAACACCGAAGAAUUUCAGGAGGUAGUGGCUGGCUGGUUCAGGUUUGAGUGCCUUUGCUAUUGAGAUACAAUCCAUUCAGCGAUUUCCAGGAGGACAAGAAUGAAAAUUUCUUGUUUUGAAAACCUGACCGGUUGCAGAAUCAUUUGAGAACAACGCACAACUUGCUGAGUCCAAUAGUUUCAAUGAUUUUUUGCUGGCUUUUACUUGCCGUUUCAGUCUUUUGGUAAAAAUUUUAAACUAACGACCACCUCCUUGAAGUUUCCUGUAGGUGUUCAGAAGGAUGCUAAUAGAAUUUAGUGACAAAUUGAAGCAUUCUUGGCAAAUAAUCUUUUUUAUCCUCUUUAAGGCAAGGCAAGGAAUAAAUUAUGUUAAUGUAAGGAGGAAAAAAAUGGUAUUAACAUUGCCAUGCGAAACAUGAAGCAUAGUGUGUUCACCAGGGAUUGGAAAAGAGUCGAAAUCUCUGCCCCUCCCCCCAGUUAAAUCAGUUUUACUGAUCUUGUUUGAUGAAGUAAUUAUAAGCAAGACUUCACAGCCCCUGUGAGGAACGUUCUCUCACUCUUUCAUCUCAUUCCAAGUCUUGUUCAAGGAAAAGUAAUUGAGCUGUUUCCAAGCUCUCAUUAUUUUUUACCUUAAUUCUGUGGAAUCUUUACAAUUUUUUCUGGUCCCUUUGCAUCCAAGAAUCCAAAAGUAUUGAUAUUUCCUUUAAGUCUUCAUUGUACAAAAGAGAUCUCAAAACCAUAAAUCAAUCAGUCUAUUAGCCUGAGUGUCCAAUAUCAUCAGCCAACUAGGUUUGUGGAUGUUCUAAAUUUUCUUCUCGAAAAUGUUGUGAGAGCGUCAGGUCACAUGCGAUCCAUAACGUUUAAGUUAUGAGAGUGGAAUCCAUGUAGUGGCCUUCACUUCAAUGCUUGUAGGAAUUUGGUAUCAUGCUUUCUCUUUUCAAACUUCAAUGUCACCAUCUCCCUCAAUGUUUUACCUUCUUAAGUUUUUUGUCUCAUGGGUCAUUCUCAGAUUUUACUGAGCCGGUGUUGAAGAAUUUUCCUACAAAUAUUUAAGAAACAUAUUGCAGGGAUUCAUAUUAAACCCUCAGCCUGAUUCCUUAGAAAUUCGUAGGAUCAUAAGUCCUGAUCCGAUAGGAUGAAAAUUAUGUGACAUGUUUGCUAUUUUUUCUUUAGAGUUCUUAUUAAUAUUUUUUUACCAACAAAAUAAGGUAUGUUGCAAACUUAUGUCAUUCUUAUACAUACUUGUCAUAUUCCUGAAAUCAGGCCAGAGAGAAUAGCUGGUAAAUGGGCAGUUAAAGCUCUUUGAAAUAGUUUCGCGAAUUUUGCACUAUCAUUAUUUUUGAAGAUGUCAAAUUAAUCAUUUACUAGUAAGAAAGGUGCAUGGAAAACCACAUCUCUUCAGUAUGGAUAGCACCUCUAUGUAAUAUAAGAUUUUCAUUGACUACCCUUUUAACAGUGAACUCCGUGAUCGUAUCAGUCAUUGAUAUCUCGAUUGGAUAGGAAAAUCUGAACAACAUAACAGACCAACUUUUAUUGGCUACGAUUAUCUGCAAGUUGCAAAACCUAACCCCUAAAAUUGAGUUUUGGAGAAAUCAUUCUAAACUCAAGCUGCACGUAAGGUUAACUUUUUUACUGUAGGUUGUAGUCACCCUCAGUGCCCUAAGAGUGCGAACUAUUGAUCAGAGAUUGAAUAACAAGUCAACAUUCUUGCCUCAACUUGCGGUCUGCCACAAAUCUGCCAAAAAAUUCAGACCCAUAAUGUCUGUGAUUGAGUUUCAUUUCUUUGUUUUGCAUUAAAUGACAUUUACCAUUCUUGGCGUUGUAAAGUUCUUUCAUUUUGUCCAAGCCGAUUAGUGAACCCUGGGGUCAUAAUGAAAAGGGUUCAUGUUGUUAAGGAACAUUUGAAGUUAGUUUUACUAAAGAUUAUAAGGACUGUGAUGAAAUCAAAUCGAUGGAAGUCAGUAUAUUCAAGAUUGUAAAA